AAAAGGAAGGAGAUAUUGGCUUCGGGACAAUAAUAAGAAUAACAAGAUUAAAGAGGCUCUUUUAUAGUUUUAUACCGUCUAGGAAAUAAGUCAUACUUAUUUGCCUUUUACAACCGCACAGGAAACCGUAUGACGCGAAUUCCGCACUCGGAGGCAAAGGGCUCAGUAGAAUUUAUCUUUCUGUUUAGUUUCCAGGAGUGAAGAAACGGAUAGGACCCGCACGGGACGUUAAUGUGAUGUUAAUAGAUUCCUUCGUCACACAGGGUUUUAUAACAUAUUCGUCUUGUCGUACCGCGUCGCUGUGUCAACAACUGUCACGCUAGCCAUCGAGAUCACCCAAAGAAACCAUAUAUUAAUCAGUGUUAAAACCACGCUACGAAGUAAUAGAACUAAUAGUCAAAUCACAGGGAUGUUUUCGUCUUCGCAAGCCAAGCGAUUGCUUCUGGUUUUGGCGGUCUUGUCGUGUGUGUUAUCAGAUUUACUCCACGACACGCAUGCGUACAGCAAAGAAGGCUCUUUACGCAAUCUGCUGACAAGGUUAAGUUCGGUUCGCAAUGAGCGCAUGAGCAUGUCGAACAUGACGCAAGCACGUGACUAUUUGACGAGCGUGUUUGACACUAUGGGGCUGCACACGUGGCAAGAGAGCUUCCUGUCACCGGAGCACGAAACAAGCGGGUACAACAUAGUUGGGCGUGUCGCAGGUCGUUACACCGGUACCCUUGACGAUCGCGUGCUCAUAAUUGGUGCGCAUUAUGACACGACCUCGGAUACUCCCGGCGUGGACGAUAAUGGCUCAGGAAUCGCGGCUUUGGUGCAGGUAGCCAAGAUCUACAUGGAUUCUGAUAUGGUGGACUGCGAGCGUAACCACACGCUGAUGUUUGUGGCGUUCGACCGCAAGGAGUGUCAAGCGGAGUGCAUAGAUCCAGACCCGCGAAAAUGUGUGUGCUCAUACGGCAGCCUGAACUUUAUCGCCAAUCUAACAAAUUACUUACCAAACAAAGAGAAAUCAAUCCGUGGUGCAAUCAUACUAGACAGCAUCCUGAACUUCGACUCUAACUACUAUUCCCAGAACGUGACCAAUGAGAUGGUUCUAAUGGCACAGCAGCUAAGUUACAGGCAACCCAUUGAAAUAAGAGAAAAUAAUUACAAGGGAGACUUUUUGAUGGCACUCACACGCCAGACAGACAGCCUUCUGCAGGAGACGUUUAUCCGAUCGGUAUCCCGGCUUGAUGGGGGUCAGUUCACGGUGAGGCCAUUCCUCAUAGACAUAACAGGACGCCCAUCGGAAGGGAGCUCAAGCUUCUUCCAUCGCAACAUCGGUGAAUUUUAUCACAGCGACCACUACAGAUUCUGGGACAACAACCCUCCCGUCCCAGCGUUAUAUCUGACCGACACUGGUAACCUUCGUGGCUACAUGCGCUACUGCUAUCAUAAUAGUUGUGAUGAUAUGGACUACGUCACGGGGGAAAGGAUACAGUUCCUCAGUAGCAUCGCAGAUGCACUGGCCGAAACCGCCCGAGAUUUUACACAAGAAAUCGGUUGCACCAAUCGAACAAUUGACUAUGUGCGUGAAUACCUGAACAGAAACAGCGGCGAGUUUACGACCCCAGCCUUCCCUAACCUGUACCCCAACAAUGCGGAUUGUGUGUGGGUUAUAACCGUGGAUGCGGGACUAGUCGUAGAGCUCGUGUUCGUGGAGUUUUUCCUCGAGGAUAACGCGUGCAUUAGUGAUUACGUCGAGGUCAGGAACGGGGCAGAUAGAUCUGGGUCAAUACUUGGUCGAUUUUGCGGCAGCUCUCGUCCCACCCUGAGACCGCGUAGUACUGGGCGCAAUAUGUACAUCUCGUUCCGUUCAGAUACAUUCGAUGCAUACAAGGGCUUUAAAGCCGCGUGGAACGCGCGCACUGUUAGCGCAGGUGCUGUUUCCUCCCCAUUCGCAGUUCUUCUACUCGCCUUAACCACCUUCAUCACGGCCAUCAUCAGUCGGACCCCUUAAUGGCACUAUUUACUAUUUAACUAGCCGGUAUUAUUAGUAGUUACCGGUAACGAAACAUUGCAUGCUGCGAAUUAAGCACGUCGUUUAUGAAGGUGCCUGUCGCGCAGUUAAGAGGUCUGAAGAGGCCUAACAAGGCUGAGAUUAGUGGCAAAUCGACAAGAGAACAUAUCCAGAACAUUAUGCCUUCUAGGGAGGCUUUAUAUUACUGGAUAAUUGACAAAGGAAAGGCUGGGCAUGUCUCAGUCGUAUAUUCCCUGGCCAAAGUCAAGUGAAGGGCUUUAUGAAUAUGAGAUUCGAACUAUCAUGGCUAUAGGGACAACCUUCCACUAAACUUCUGUAUGAAGAAUGAUGACGUCCAAGUGCUGUCUUCUUGUCUAGUCGGUGACAAAUGAAAAGGAUAAAGUAAUGUCCGGUUUUAUUAUUUAAUCUUUUAACUAAUUCUUUUUUAAAUAAAGUAUUUUUGUCCACUGGA